AUGAGUCGGCGAAGGAAACACGGGGACAGCUCUGGCCUGAAGCAAACGCCGCGCAAAGCGAUGGCGACUGAAGAAUGCAGUUCGGUGUUCGAAUCGGGAAAGAGGAGGCUGAGGGCAGCCCGCGGCUCGGGGCCUCAAGGGCCAGGAGAGAGGCCUCCCCGGCCCUUGCCGCAGCAAGAGCAGCCUCCAGUAGCCGCUUCGUGCAGUAAAAGUAAUCCCGAGGAAAUAUAUGAGACACCAAAGAGAAUGCUGCAAAUGGAUUUAUUGUCAUCUACCUUCAGUUCUCCUAAUGAUCCAGAUGGACAGAAUGAUAUCUUUUGGGAUCAAAAUUCUCCAAUGACAAAACAAUUAGAUAAAGGAAGAAAGAAGCAGCUUUACACCACAGAUAGUGAUGAGAUCUCACAUAUUGUUAAUCGUAUUGCUCCUCAGGAUGAGAAACCAACAACAGACUCCAUGCUGGGUGUGUGGAUUGGUGACACUGCUAUUCCUUGCACUCCAAGUGUAGCAAAAGGAAAAUCAAGAGCAAAACUCAGCUGCACAAAGUUAAAAUCACAAAAUCAAGAGGAAGAACUUAUGAAAUUAGCUAAGCAAUUUGAUAAAAAUAUGGAAGAGCUGGAUGUGAUUCAAGAGCAAGACAAGAGAAAUCAUGAUCUUAUCCAGAUGAUUUCAGAAGCAGAGACUUCACAUAAUUACAGAGAUAAUAUACAGAUGCAGUUACCAUGUGAUAUAGUUCCUGAAAUAGAUAAGGCUAUAAUGAAGAAGGCAGUGAAAGAAAACACCAAGAUACCUGUGGUAAAUGGUCAAACCAGCAGUCAGAAGCCAUUUGACCAAAAUGCUGAAGCAGCCUUUAUUGCCAUGUUUGAUGGUUCUACUCAGAAAUGUAGUGGACAGUUAAGCCAAGAUUUGUCAGAUGCUUUCUUGAAAACCAGUAAUACUACCUUUGGAAAGAAAAACACUUUGAAAGAGGAGAAAAUCAUUACUAAUGAAUCUGUGGUCACUGAAAAUCUGCCAAGUAAAACCCUAGGAUCACUUUCUCAUCAAGUCGAUAAUCCUGGACUGACAAAACCAAAUGUGACUUUCUGUACUAAGGAACCAGGAACUUUUAAUAAACACAUUGAUACUUUUACUACCAGUGAUUUUGAGGAUGAUUGGGAAAACUUACUAAGUAAUGAGCCUUUUAUUAUGCAGAAUAUUGAAAUGUCUGAGCUGUUCCCUGCUCCUAAAACAGUCCAAAUCGCCGAUCAAAAGGAAAUUUGUUCCUUUAACAGUAAAAAGGAUAAAACUAAGUCAGGAAUGAAUAAAAGUCUAGAUGUCAAGUUAAGAGAUUCAAAAAUUUUACAAGGUCUUCCUUCACAUACAUGGAACAGUGAAUUAACAGAUGCUGAAAAAUACAGAUUUUCACCAAAGCCAAAUGAUAAACCAAAUAAAUUGUCAGCCACUGGAAAUAAAAUGAAAUUGGAGAAAUCUUUUAAUAUAGUUGUUAAUCAAGACAAAAUUCAAGACUGUGCAGUUGCAUCUAAUCUGACAAAAGUAAAUGAAAAUACUCAUACUAAAUUUAAUUCUAAAGUAAAUGCUUCUGAAAAGAAAUCUGCUUUGAAACCAGGAUGUUCUAAUAAGUCCAUUUUUAAUCAGUCUUUGAAAAUGCCUGCUAAUGUCAAGCCUUUCAGCUCAGCAACUUUGGGCAAUACAGCCAGUGUUUGUAACCCAAAUCAGACUAAUGGAUCAAAGUUAGGUUCUUUCUUUGAUGAUUGGAAUGAUCCAUCAUUUACCAAUGAAAUUGUUAAAGCGUGUCAUCAGUUAGAGAAUAGCUGGGAAGCAGAUGAUGUAGAUGAUGAUAUAUUAUACCAGGCAUGUGAUGAUAUUGAAAGACUAACUCAGGAGCAAGAUACUAGAGUUGACAGCAAGACAUCAGAAAGUGUCCUUGGGAUCAAUGAUAGUUCUAAACAUGGAGCCAAAAACGUGUUUACUACACCUAAACAAGGAAGUCAGUUGAUGCAGUCAAAGCACCUGAAUCUGAACAGCAUUUCAGCGCAGACAUCUUCAUUGACAAAUAGCUUACAAAUAAAUAAAUCAGUGAAGAUGGAGAGAGGGGAAAUGUAUGGAAAUUCUCCGGGAUUUUUAGGUGCCACAACAAAUUUGAGUAUAUACUCUAAGAACUCAGACUGUCAGAUCAGUAAUCUGCAUGUCUCCUGUAACAACACUGAUGUACCCAAACAAGUGAAUAGUUAUAAAUCGGUUCUUACAGGAAGUUCAAGUUUGAAUGUGAGUUCACAUCAUAUGAGUACAGAAAUUGCUGCUUCUAAGAAGAGAUUGAGUACCCUACAUCUAUCCAGGAGCACCAUAAGAGGUGAAGCUCAGAGUGACCGUAACAGAGCAAUUAGAUUUUCUGAGUACGUGUUUACAAAGAUGAAAAAUUGUCCGAUGCUUUCCCCGUUUAAUAACAGUUCUGUAACAGGAAGUAUUUCUGAUACCAAAAUCGCACAGGGUUUGGAGAAGAAUAAAACUGUCAACCCGUUAUCUGGGAAGGCGGUUCAGCAGCAGUCUUCGGUGAAAUUUUCUGAACCUUUGAAACAACCUUCAAAAGAAGAAGAAGAGAAAAAUAGAAAGUAUUCUCCGGAAGAAAUUCAGAGAAAAAGACAAGCAGCGCUCGUUCGAAGAAUGGCCAAAGCACAGGCGUCAUCUGUAAAGAAAGGCAGCUCCCACUUAACUUGAUUUCUUUAGUGAAAUGUUACUUGGGAGAUAACAAAGACAGUUGAUAACUAUCUAUGAUAGGAAAUGUUUUUCUUGAUUUCUCCAUGAGAAACUUAAUGCUGAGUUAUAAAGCAUGGACUUCUACUAUAUUUAAUAAAUCAUUGUUUACAUGGUCAAUGAAACCUUUCUUUGGAGAUGUAUAUUGAAGUUAAUUGCAUGUAAGUUUUGGAAGUUCAGUAAAGUUAGCAGUUAUGUAGUAGAAUUAUGCAGAGGAAAGUAGUUUUAUUUUUAAAUACUGUGAUUACAGAGGGUCAUGUCAAAACUCCUUAAUUUUUUAUUGUUAAUACAUGUUUUCCAAAUACAA